AUGGUAAAGCUCGCAAAGGCCGGUAAAAAUCAAGGUGACUCCAAGAAAAUGGCUCCUCCCCCAAAGGAGGUAGAAGAUAGUGAAGAUGAGGAAAUGUCAGAAGAUGAAGACGAUGAGAGCAGUGGAGAAGAGGUUGUCAUCCCUCAGAAAAAAGGCAAGAAGGCUACCACGACUCCAGCAAAGAAGAUGAUGGUUUCCCCAACAAAAAAGGUUGCAGUUGCCACACCGGCAAAGAAAGCAGUUGUCACCCCUGGCAAAAAGGCAGCAGCUAUGCCAGCCAAGAAGACAGUUACACCUGCCAAAGCAGUGGUAACACCUGGCAAAAAGGGAGCCACCCCAGGCAAAGCAUUGGUAGCAACCUCUGGUAAGAAGGGAGCAGCUGCCUCAGGCAAGGGAGCAAAGAACGGCAAGAAUGCCAAGAAGGAAGACAGUGAUGAAGAAGAGGAAGAUGACAGUGAAGAGGAAGACGAUGAAGAUGAAGAGGAGGAUGAACCAGCAGUGAGGAAGGCAGCUGCUGCUUUUGGUGCUGCUCCUGCCACAGAUGAUGAGGAUGACGAGGAUGAGGAGGAUGAUGACGAUGAUGAUGAUGAGGAGGAGGAUGAGGAGGAUGAGGAGGACGAAGAUGACUCUGAAGAAGAACCUAUGGAGAUUGUGCCAGCCAAAGGAAAGAAAGCUCCAGUAAAAGCUGUUCCUGUGAAGGCCAAGAGCGCUGCUGAAGAUGAAGAUGAAGAGGAUGAUGAUGAAGACGAUGAUGACGAUGAAGAGGAGGACGACGAUGAAGAGGACGACGACGAUGAGGAGGAAGAGGAUGAGGAGGAGGAAGAAGAGGAGGAAGAGGAAGAAGAGCCUGUCAAAGAAGCACCUGGAAAACGAAAGAAGGAAAUGGCCAAACAAAAAGCAGCUCCUGAAGCCAAGAAACAAAAAGUGGAAGGCACAGAACCAACUACAUCUUUCAAUCUCUUUGUUGGAAACCUGAACUUCAAUAAAUCUGCUCCUGAAUUGAAAACGGGUAUCAGUGAUCUUUUUGCUAAAAAUGAUCUUGCUGUUGUUGAUGUCAGAAUUGGUGUUUCUAGGAAGUUUGGCUAUGUGGAUUUUGAAUCUGCCGAAGACCUGGAAAAAGCCUUGGAACUCACUGGUUUAAAAGUCUUUGGCAAUGAAAUUAAACUAGAAAAACCAAAGGGAAAAGACAGUAAGAAAGAUCGAGAUGCAAGAACACUUUUGGCUAAAAAUCUGCCUUACAAAGUUACUCAGGAUGAAUUAAAAGAAGUGUUUGAAGAUGCUGUGGAGAUCAGAUUAGUCAGCAAGGAUGGAAAGAGUAAAGGGAUUGCUUAUAUUGAAUUUAAGACAGAAGCUGACGCAGAAAAAACCUUGGAAGAAAAGCAGGGAACAGAGAUAGAUGGGCGAUCCAUUUCUCUGUACUACACCGGAGAGAAAGGUCAAAGUCAAGACCAUAGAGGGGGAAAGAAUAGCACUUGGAGUGGUGAAUCAAAAACCCUGGUUUUAAGCAACCUCUCCUAUAGUGCAACGGAAGAAACCCUUCAGGAAGUUUUUGAGAAGGCAACUCAUAUCAAGGUGCCCCAGAACCAAAAUGGCAAAUCUAAAGGGUAUGCAUUUAUAGAAUUUGCUUCAUUUGAAGAUGCUAAAGAAGCUUUAAAUUCAUGUAAUAAAAGGGAAAUUGAGGGCAGAGCCAUCAGACUGGAGUUGCAAGGACCCAGGGGAUCACCUAAUGCAAGAAGCCAGCCAUCCAAAACUCUGUUUGUCAAAGGUCUCUCUGAGGAUACCACAGAAGAGACGUUAAAGGAGUCGUUUGAUGGCUCUAUUCGAGCAAGGAUAGUCACUGACCGGGAGACUGGAUCCUCCAAAGGGUUUGGUUUUGUAGACUUCAAUAGUGAGGAAGAUGCCAAAGCUGCCAAGGAGGCCAUGGAAGAUGGUGAAAUCGAUGGAAACAAAGUCACUUUAGACUGGGCCAAACCUAAGGGUGAAGGUGGCUUUGGUGGUCGAGGAGGAGGCAGAGGUGGCUUUGGAGGCCGAGGUGGUGGCAGAGGUGGCCGAGGUGGAUUUGGUGGCAGAGGCCGGGGAGGCUUUGGAGGGCGAGGAGGCUUCCGAGGAGGCAGAGGAGGAGGAGGAGACCACAAGCCACAAGGAAAGAAGACGAAGUUUGAAUAG